CCGGGCCGGGCAGGGAGAGCCGUCGUCGGGCGCCGGUUGGUGCUGCUCGGCGUCGCCGCCCGCGCGAUGGCGGCCACGGCGCUUCCCCCGCUGCCGCCGCAGUUCAAGAGCAUCCAGCACCAUCUGCGAACCGCGCAGGAGCUGGACAAGCGCGAGCCCGUGGUGGCGUACUACUGUCGUUUGUAUGCAAUGCAAACAGGGAUGAAAAUUGAUAGUAAAACCCCAGAAUGCCGUAAAUUUUUAUCCAAACUUAUGGAUCAGUUGGAAGCUAUGAAAAAGCAAUUUGGUGAUAAUGAAGCAAUUACUCAGGAAAUUGUUGGUUCUGCUCAUGUGGAGAAUUAUGCUUUGAAAAUGUUUUUGUAUGCAGACAAUGAAGACAGAUCUGGACAAUUUCAUAAAAACAUGAUAAAGUCCUUUUAUACUGCAAGUCUCCUGAUAGAUGUCCUAACAGUAUUUGGGGAGCUCUCUGAAGAGAACAUCCAGCACAGGAAGUACGCCAGGUGGAAGGCAGCAUAUAUUCAUAACUGCUUGAAGAAUGGAGAGACACCUCAGCCUGGGCCUAUUGGGAUGGAAGGGGAGAGCUUUGCAGAUGCUGAAAGGGAAGAAGCCGGGUCUUCUCUCCAUAGUGGAACAACUCAACCAACAUCAUCAUCUACUUUUGAAGCUAACAACAUACCAACUAGUAAUUAUACUGGUAUACAUAUACCACCAGGUGCCCAUGCACCAGCUAACACACCAGCUGAAGUACCUCAUAACACAGGAGUGACAAGUAACACCAUUCAGCCUACUCCUCAGAAUAUUCCUCUAGUCGAUCCUUCCCUCUACAGUGCUCAGUCUGCAGGGGAAGUCCGUUUGACUCCAGAGGACUUUGCCAGAGCUCAAAAAUAUUGCAAAUAUGCUGGCAGUGCUUUGCAGUAUGAAGAUGUGAGCACUGCUGUGCAGAAUCUCCAGAAGGCCCUCAAGUUACUGAUUACAGGCAGAGAAUGAAGCCUUUAUCCAACAGAUUCAUGUAUUUUGCCUAAAGAACUAACAGCUUGUUACUGUACCUGUUAGGGGAGCUGAGUUAUAUGGAAGUUCUCAAUCCCAUCACCCACGACAGUGAAAUCACUGCUUCAGUGUCAGAUUAGCAAUUAAUGGUACAGUAGGAAUCUCUGUUUUCAUUCUACAAACAGUGAAGCUAGAAACAUGAAUGCAGUGGCUUGAUGUAAGCAGAAUACUGAGGAAAGUGCUGAGAACACUGCUCAAGAGUUAGAAUUCAUCUUGUAAUAUUUAGGUUAUCUGAAUGGGAUAAUCCUGAGUCUAGGAAACUUGAGCAUAACAAUUUCUGUCAAAGUUCUACUGAUUUUAUUAUUUCAAACAAUUGUUUAAUAAGUAUAAUAGCUUUAAAAUGGUAACUAAGAUUAUUGCUCUCCUUCUUAAAUGAGAGCAUGUGAGACAGCUGACAGAUCCAUAAUGGAAGGGACUUUUUUCUAUACAUAAAUUAUUUGGGUAUUAUCCAAGAUUUAAGUCAAAGUUGAGGGAAACUUGAGGACAUUCGUAUUUAAUUUUAAAAUGUGCUGGAAGAAACAUCUCUUGAUACUUCUGAGCUAGUCAUUUAUAUUGUACUCCAACCUAAUCCACCACAACUGUAUGGACUGCUACAUGUAUUCCUGAUUAUUGUUCUUGCUCCUUUUGUGUGAACACUUACAAUUUUGUAUAUGUAUGGGUAAUUAAGAGAAAGUACUAAUAUUUAUCAGAGAUGAUCCUGAAAGCAGAGGCAGAGAUUCUAAACAACUUUUAGGGAGGUUCAUAACUGUCCCACCUUUUUAAGAGACUGAAAAAAGGCAUGUUUUUCAGCUGUUAAGGCAGUAUAAGUUCAUCUCUGGUAUUAGUAUCGUAGAGCUUUGUAUUUCCAGCUAAUAUUCUUCCUGUCUGCUUUGUUGUGGAGACUUUUUUGCACUUAGGAUUUAAUUAAAAUAUCUUGGAAACUGAA